UUUAUUGUAGUCUGUGGGUUAAAAGAAGAAAAGAAAUUGGCUCGGCGCGGAGCGUAUCGUGAUUUUAUUUUGUGCUUAAUAUAAUUUUAAUGAUGUUCUAACAAAUCCCCUCCGUUGGUUUUAUUAUAUUAUUAGCUAAAAUGGCUAAAGAAGGUGAUAUGUCUCUUUACCAAGAUGUGUUGGAGCCGUUCAGGCGUGUGAUAAACACCGAUCCGCCAAAAGAGAAGUUGUCGGCGUCUACAAAAAUGAAUUUCACGGAUAGUAAUCAGUCUAUUAAAGAAGGCUUAUCUAACCUGUUGUCGAUGGGUAAAAGGAAGUCCAGUAUGAGCGCUGCCGAAGCUACACCUGAUAAGCGUCAGCGUACCGACAGCUCUACUUCAAUUCCUCCGUCACCAUGGGAAACUAAGAGGAUGAAGAUAGACUUGAUAGCAGCCAAGGCUCAGAUAACAAAGCUGGAAGCCCGAGUGAACCAUCAGCAUACAAUUCGCAAAGAAAUGCAGAUCCUAUUUGAAGAGGAGAAGGCCUCGCUGAUGGAACAACAUAAAAGGGAUGAACGAGCUUUGUCUGAUAUGGAGGACCGCCUAAACACUAUUAGAAGACGUGAGCAGGAGUUAAAAGAUGAGUUGUGUGAAACUGUAAAAGAACACAAGGAGAGCAAAGCAAAAUGGGAAUUAGAGAAAGGAGAGCUCCAGAGGUACGUAGCGGAGCUCAAAGACAAGCUGCUGGAGGCCAAUGUGAGCAACAAGGACCAGGUCUCAGAAAUGAAGAAAGAUAUGGAUGAAUUGUUGCAGGCUUUAGAAGGUGCCCAGGCUGAAGUGGAAAUGUUAAAGAAAGAACUAGCCAAACAGACCAGCCGGGCAGAGCAGUGUACCAAUCUCCGAACCCAGUUCGAGAAGCAGACAUUUGAGUUGCAACAAGCCAAUAACAAACUGAAAGAACUGCAGUAUGAGAAAGACUCUUAUAAGGAUUGGCAACAACAGGCUAAGACGGCGCAAAAACGGCUAAGCAACAUGGCUGAAUUAGAAAAAGAAGUCGCUCGGCUGCGCGCGGCGGAACGCUCCCUGCGGGAUACCAUCGGUAACAAAAUGCUGCUUGAAGAGCAGGUGCAUCAGCUAACCGGCAGAGUCGAGGCUCUGCAGCCGGCUCAGCAGGAGCUGCACGAGGCUAAGGUGAAGCUGGCGUCAGUAGAAGCGUCGCUAGCGGAGUGGCGUGCCGCGGGGCGCGCGCACGGCGUGGAGAGCGCGCGCGCGCUGCGCUCGGCGCUGGACGCGGCGCUGGCCGGCCAGCUGGCCGCCGUGGCCGGACAGUCGCAGGCGCAGUCGCAGCUGGCGCAGCUCACUGAGGAUGUAGCAACUCUGAAGUACGAGAGAGACAAGGCGACGACGAAGCUGAACGAUCUGAUGACAGUCCGCAAGACCCAAGAAAGCCUCAUCCAUAGGCUGCAAAAACGGCUGCUACUCGUCACCAGGGAGCGAGACAGUUACAGACAACAGCUAGACUGCUACGAGAAGGAGCUGACCGUGACGCUGACUGGCGAGGCAGGCACGGGCAGCGCGGCGCUGCUGUCCGCGCGCGUGGAGCAGCUCGAGCGCGCGCUGCAGGGCUACCGCGACCUGCUCAACAUGCACGACCAGAGCUCGCACGCCACAGCGGUGGAAGGGCUCCGCGCGGAGGCGAGCAGGUGGCGCGACGAGGCGGAGGCGGCGCGGCGCGACGUCGGCAAGCUGCGCGCGCAGCGCGACCACCUGCAGGCGCAGCUCGAGAGGCUCAGCGCGCCCUGCACCAAGGUGAUACACUUGGCAGAUAAUCCAGCCGCCAUAGCGCAUAAACAAGUCCAGGGUGACUUAGAAGCAGCCAAUGAAGAGAUAAAGAAGUUAAAGGCAGCUCUACGAGAAGGCGGGUCUCGCGGCAACCCUGAGGAACUGGCACAGUUGAGGCAGCAGCUGGAGAACAGCCAAAUUAAACUGCAGAGAAUGAAAGAAGAGUUCACGUCAUCGGCGCAAGAGUACAGGGACGUGUGUUACAUGUUACUGGGCUAUAAGGUCGACAGAACUGGACAUAAGAAUUAUAGAAUAUCUAACAUGUACGCAGAAUCAGCAGAAGAAUAUCUAACAUUUACUUUAUGCGACGACGGAAUCGAGAUGGUGCACACAGACUACUCCGCAACAUUAGAGGACCUAGUAGAGUUACAUCUACACCAUCACCGGUCCAUACCUAUGUUCCUUAGCGCUCUGACCUUAGAACUGUUCACAAGAACAACUAUGCAGCAAGAUGUAGAGGAGUCUGACUGAUAAGAGGGAUAAACUAGUUAUAACAGUGAGUGAUGUGAUAUGGUGUGGUUAUUUGUAAGUAUUAGGAAAUUGUGAAUGUGAAAAGGAUUUUAAGAUAAGUGAUGAACAGGGCUAGAAAUAUUGUGGUUGUCUCAGCUCAAAACUUUUCUAUGACACUUGUUAGGCUUUGAUCUGGUAUGGCCAGUUGGCAUUGUAAAUAUUUCAGAACAAAUGUCUUAUUUAAAGUGUUUUGUCGCCUGCUGUUUCAUAGCAACAUUACGAACGUUUAGUACGAAAUGAACAGGGUUUGUUUGGUUCAGAUUCAGAAAUGUGAAUUAUUCUGUAGGUCUCAGUACUAGAGGUUAGACGCGGCUAGUAGAAAAAAAAGACAAUGUGAUCUAUAGAAUGGUGAACUCUUAUCGUUGUCCAUUUCUAAAUAGUACGGUUGGCUAGGAGUGUAGGAGUUCAAAUAUAUACUAAAACAUAAACAUAUUGUUUGUUAUAUAGUUCGUGUCAUCCGCAAUGACGCGCAGAUUGGUCAAAUCUAACCUUUAAUAACAUGACAAUACGAGUCAAAGCACGCGUCUUCGUGAAUGGCACGAUCUAUAUCAUUCCGAGGUUUUUUCACAUACCUGUCGUAUUGUUAUUGUAAAUGUUGUACUAUCAGAGGCAAUAAUGAUUAUGAAAAAAAAUCCGUACUUCCA